AUAAAAUCCGCCAUCUCCAAAAAGACAAAAAGGAAAAAAAAAUCAAUAAAAAUCUCAGCUUCUCAUCGAGUGCGGCGACGACGACGACGAUCCGUUUGCAGAUUCUCAUCAAAAUUCGAUUCUUCUUCCGUUGACGGUGUUGCAAUGGUUUACAUAACAUCGUGGGACGAAUUCGUUGAGAGAACAGUACAGUUGUUCCGUGCCGAUCCUGAAUCUACUCGGUAUUGCAUGAAGUACCGGCAUUGUGAUGGUAAAUUGGUUUUGAAGGUUACUGAUAACAAAGAGUGCCUCAAGUUCAAGACAGAUCAAGCACAGGAGGCCAAGAAAAUGGAGAAACUGAACAAUAUAUUCUUCACUUUGAUGGCUUGGGGGGGACCUGACGUGGAUAUGUCAGAAAUUACAGGGAAAGAACAGAUGGUAGCACAGCCAGCAAAGAAGGGAAGGGGAAGAAAACAGUAGCUUGAUUUUCAGAUUCACUUUCUGUAGAUCAAGCUGCAAGUAAUCAUUAUGUUCCCCUUAGCGGUGGGAUUUAGGCUCUCUCUAUCCAUCACUAAAACCAUAGAAAAGGGUCGGUGGACCAUCUCUGUUUUUGCUUCUCCAGGACGCAGAAAUCGUCAUGAUCCUUGAAUUUUUCCCGAUUCUCCAUCUGAAUCUUCUGAUAUCGUCACUUGAAGCGUGGCAUGGAGUAAUGCCAACCCCUAGGAAACAACCCUUUCACCCUAAUAAAUCUGCAAAAGAACCAAAAUCUCUUUUCUUUUCAGCAUUCGUACAGAACCGUGUAUUCACUGUACACCGGUGUGAAUGUGUAGUCAAUUUUUUAGGCAGCCCUGGUUUAUCCUUCUGCCGAGGUCUGAGUUCAGACUGAUAAAACCUGUUUUAAUAGUGCUGUAAUAAUAAUGAAUCGCUUUGUUGAUUGAUUGUGUAAACCUCGAGGCACAAGUGACGUAUAUGAUUUAUACGGACAGUGUCAUGGUCCGGCUGUGGCGAGCCUUCGUCUUGUCAUGACUGAUCUUAAGUUAGCAACUAAUGAACUCUUGUGAUCGAGACAAUGGUUCUAGAGCAGUGACCGUGCGGUGUCAGCUCGAAAGCAUGUUAUUGAUUGAGUGUGUGGCUAGUGUGUGCACUAGUCUUAAGAUGGGGGGAAUAAGUACGGAAUAGUGUGCGGUAGAUAUGGUAGUUCUUAUUUUUA